AUGCUUCCGCCAAUGGGCGGAGAUGCAAAUGGAGGGUCAUUCCAUGAAGACCUGAACAAUGUCCUCGCUUGCCCCGACUGCAAGGAGUACCCUCCGAACUUGAUUGAGGAGUUCUCGAGCGGAGACAUGGUCUGCCAGAGCUGCGGUGUCGUCGUCGGAACACGCAUCAUUGACACGAGGUCUGAAUGGCGUACCUUUGCCAAUGACGACCAAGGUGGCGACGAUCCGAGUCGUGUCGGCGGACCGCAGGACGAGUUCGUCGAAGGCCAGCAUCUAGCCACGACUGUUGCCUUUUCAGAGUCCAAGGCUCACAAGGCCUUGUCCCGUACCCAGAACAAUGCCAAUGCGGACAAGGCCCAAAAAGGUUUAAUGCAGGCCUACAAGGAGAUUGUUGCACUUUGCGAGACGAUUCAUAUGGGAGCCAACGUCUCCAACGCUGCCAAACACAUCUUCAAGCUCGUUGACAAACACAAGUUCAUGAAGGGCAAACCCCAGGAGGCCGUCAUUGCUGGGUGCAUCUUUAUUGCAUGCCGACAAAACAACGUGCCUCGAACAUUCCGGGAAAUCUUCAACCUCACUAGUGUUAGCAAGAAGGAAGUCGGCAGGGUCUUUAAGCAGCUACAGAAUUUCCUGCAAAAGAUUCAAGAUAACGAAGGCGAGAGCGGUACCGGAUUGAACACCGUCACCAAUUACGAAAACACCUCUGUUGGUGCCGAAGAUCUCUGUGGUCGUUACGUGUCUCAACUGGGCUUUAAGAACCAGCAAAAGAUAUCGAAAAUCUCCCGAGAUCUCGCAGAGCAGGCCACCGACAUCUCUGCUCUGGCAGGCCGAUCGCCUCUGUCUGUUGCGGCCGCUUGCAUCUACAUGGCGUGCCAUCUUAUGGGAGAGCCGCGGUCAUCGGCUCCUAUUGCCAAGCAGACAGGUGUUAGUGAUGGAACGGUCAAAACCGCUUACAAGUUCCUCUUUGCUGCCCGUGAUCAGCUGAUCAAGAAAGAAUGGCUCCAAGAGGGUGGCAAGAUGGAGAACAUUCCGCAAGUCCAAGUCUAG